CGAAGGUUACGCCCGUGACCGCGCCCGCUGCCACCGUCGCUACUGUGCCGGGCGCGCACCGCGCAGUAUCGCGCCGCACUUGCCGCUCCUCGGACCUGGGACCUCGGCGCUCGCGACCCCUUAGUGAUGUGCCUCUAGCCGAUCAUGUGCAGGCGACGAUUGUGUUUAGUGAGAGUGUGCGCGCGAGGCCUCAGGCGGCGCCGGCCCGCGCACCCCUAGCCUCCAGAACAUGUGGAACCUCCUGGCACUGCUAGGCGCGCUCGUCGCUCUCGGUGGCGGGGCCACUUUCGCGCCAAAUAAGGAGCUACUAGAGUGUGCAAGCCAGAUCCUGUACAUGAACCAGCACGCGUACAAGAUUCCUGAAAACUACAAUAGAAACAUUCCACCUGGUAAAAACACAACAGUUUACAUUGGAAUAAACGUCAAUCGAGUAUCAGGAGUUGAUGAGAACAAAGAGGAAAUAACACUGGACGUGUUCCUUCAAGUGUCAUGGGAGGAUGGUCAGCUGCAAAUCCCGCCGGGGAUGCCGUUCAUCGACCUGCCCUGGGAGUUCCGUCAGUUGAUUUGGACGCCAGACCUAUACAUCUGGCAAUUGCAGACCAUGAGGACUAUGUCCGUGUUGCAGGAGAUGGCCUCUCUCAGAAUCUAUUCAAACAGCACUGUAUCAGUUAAUAUAGGAGCUACUAUAACGAUCAAAUGCCAAAUGGACUUCGUUCUGUAUCCUCUCGAUGUGCAGAAAUGUGCCAUAGAUUUUGGUAGUUACAAAUACACAUCAGAGGACGUUCGUUUCGAGUGGCACGCCGGCGCCCCCUGGCGAGGGCUGGUGGGGAAACAGCGCAACCAGUUUCGGCUGCCGAAAUACGUGGUCACCUUCGUCACGGACAAAAGUAAUCAUAUUCGAAAUUUUGGUGAAGGAGAACAUUCAGCAGCUCGUCUGCAGAUCAAGCUGUCCCGGGAGCUGCGCAGCUACCUACUGGAGAGCUACCUGCCGUCGUCGCUGUUCGUCAUCAUAUCCUGGGGCAGCUUCUGCGUCAUCCCGGAGAUCGUGCCUGGCCGCAUGGUGCUGCUAGUCACCACACUACUCUCCCUCGUCACGAUGUUUGACACAGUCAGUACAAACUCGCCCGACGCACUGGAGUUAAAGUGUAUAGAAGUGUGGCUGAUCUCAUGCACGAUCUUCGUGUUCCUCGCGCUGUUAGAGUACUUCGUUGUAUUGUUUGGCAUCCGCUAUGACAAGAGCUGGAGUAAGCGACGCCAGGACCUACGCCGCGCGCACUCCGCUGCGCAGCUCGCGCCGCCCCCCCUACACGUGAACCAUUCACAGAGAAUGGGCACACCGGUGACAGGAACGCCUCAAGGCGGCGUCUUUUCACCGCAACUAAGCGUUGAGGACGAUGGCCUAAAGCAACAAUUCUCGCAUCAAACAAUACAAAGGGAUUCACCCAUACUAGAUACAAUGCCGCCGAGUGGGUCGUCCAGGGGUUUCAUGGCACGAGUGGCCACCAUGGUAGACCACGGCGUUAUGUUUUGUGGGGCCCAACAUGGGGCGCUCGACAAAUUCGCCCUCAUGCUGUUCCCAAUAUGCUUUUUUCUUUUUACCGUCAUUUACUGGACAACUUACCUUAGCGAAGCGCAUCGGGCAACUCUCGAGUAGUGACAGUGUGUAAAGACCUUAUUAUUAACUUAUGUGAACAGUGCCUAAACUUACCAAGUGAUAAAAACUAUUUUUGUAAAUAUUAGACAAAUUGCUAGUCCAUUUUUGAAAUUUAGGUCAUCCCUAAGGAAGUUAUAUUGAAGCAUGUAAAUGUCUAUACUUUUUAAGUUUUUUUUUUGUUAAUUUAAAGUGAGUGCAAUUAUUUA